AUGGCCCCGAAUUCAAAAUUAAAUGCAAAGCGCAAGGCGCAAAGGGAAGCCACCAAGGCUCCUAAACCGCAAUCAAAACAGCGCUCGGGGGAAGAAGGAGGGAAAAGCGAGGCGAAGGCGCCGACGAUUCCGAUUGAACUCCAGCAGAUUUUGCUGAAUAUAUUCCGGAAUUCAUUUGCGGAGCGGUUGAGUGUUGAUUUUGGGCCGCUCUUGCAGGAGGUCAAGGGGCAUUUGUUUAAUCGGGAUUUUGCGGCAGCGUUUGGCAAAGAGGAGUAUCUCGAGAUGUAUGCGGCGAGGUGGAGUCCGAGUCGCGCGUUGGGGUAUCUGGAUUUGUUUUGGGAUUUGAGGCAAGAUCUGGGAUUUGGCUUGGAAGAACCAAUACCCGAUGGAUCGGAUAGUGCUAAGAGUCGGAAAGUUGUAUGUUUGGGUGGUGGAGCUGGAGCGGAAAUUGUAGCCUUGGGGGGAUUGCAGAAGCUACUUUUGGAUAAGAUUUUGGAACAAAAAGAGGGGGAAGAUGAGAAGGUGGUAGAUGCGGGAAAGAUGGAGGUUACAGCUGUUGAUAUUGCGGACUGGAAUGUGGUAGUGGAGAACCUGGCAAAACACCUUACGACUGCACCGACACUGUCAAAGUACGCAUCCGCUGCUGCAAAGGCGGCAAAUGUACCUUUUCUGGACCAGGAUCAGAUAUCGAUUACUUUCGCCCAACAAGACGUCCUAAAGGUGUCUGCAUCGGAAAUGACGUCGCAACUAGCAGACGCAAACCUAGUCACUCUGCUCUUUACCCUCAACGAACUCUACUCCACAUCCCUUCCUCUAACACAGAAAUUCCUCCUCCAGCUCACUUCAAUAAUGAAGCCCGGAUCACUCCUUCUAGUCGUUGAUAGCCCUGGAAGCUACUCCACCGUCACGCUCAACGGAGCAGAGAAAAAGUACCCAAUGCAAUGGCUUCUCGAUCACACGCUCCUGGACCAAGCCAGCAGCAAUAAGCAUGAGAGGGGCAAAGAGGAGAUUGCGAGUUGGGAGAAGGUAAAGGAAGAUGAUAGUCGAUGGUUCAGGUUGGAUGAUAGGCUAAGCUAUCCGAUUGAACUUGAGAAUAUGCGGAUGCAGAUGCAUCUGUAUCGACGACUUUAG